AUGCAGAAGCUCAUCAGGUCAUUGCUGUUGAGCUUCGGUUCCAGCAAGAGCAGCUCUCCUCCGCCUGCUGCUGCUGGCAGCAUUUCAGGGACUUUGGAGAAACAUCCAGAGAUGAGGAAAUCCUCGGGUGACAAAUUUGACAUGGAUCAAUGUUUUGAAGUGGGUCUGAAAAGCAGCGAACGUGUGGCCACCAAGUUGAUGGAGGCGCUUAAAAAGGACGUCAACAAUGAGGUAAAGCCCGCUAAACGAAUGCGAAUGUUUACAAAAUGGAAUAGUCGGAUUGAGGAUAUGCUUAUUAAGGACAUUUCCAAGCAAUAUCCCACACAUCUCUUUAUCACCAAGAAUAGACACAAGAAUCGUGAAGCAGUUAGCUUGACGGAUGAUCCCACCUGGUUCAUUGAUCCCUUGGGUAGCAAAACGAACUUUGUACACGGUUUUCCCUAUGCCAACAUUAAUCUAGCCUUCUGGUUGUUAAAAAAGCCCAGAUUCGGCAUCGUUUGGAAUCCAUUGCAGGAUGAAUGCUACACAACACGCACAGGAUUUGGCUCCUUCAUGAAUGUGAAUACUUUGCAAGUCAGCAACUGUAGGAAAUUAUCCGAAGCCCUGGUCAUGUGCGAGGCGAGAACUAAGGCUACUUUUGAUUCCAAAGAAAUUAGAAAGAUAGCACAUCAAGUAAAUGAACUGCGUAGCUUGGGGAGCAGUUCGAUGAGCAUGUGCAUGGUGGCCCAAGGAUACGCCGAUGCCUACAUUGACUUCAACUGUGGUAGCUGGGACAUGUCGGCCACCAUGCUGCUUGUCAGGGAAGCGGGUGGCAUAGUCUGCGAUCCUUCGCUGAAACCCUUAGAUUUAAUGUCCCGACGAGUCUUAUGCGCUGCCACACAAGAGUUGGCUGAGGAGUUGGCAGCAGUGCUCGCUUUCUCAGAGGAGCUUAGUGAAGUCCCGCAGCUUGAUGAAACUGUGCAGAAAAUAAAUACUAAGGAAACGGGUAAAACGCAAAGUAAGUACCGGGAAAGGGAAAGUGUAGACAAAAAGUCCAAAGAAGUCUCCCGCCCAAGAAUGGUUUAUGUCUUACCCAAGUUGACUACAGAAUUUCAAUCGCCCUCGAUGAAAUUCUCUGGAUAUCCUAAAGCUGCACCAACGGACCGAAGAAAGUUUGUAAGGAGCUAUCCUACAGAUCCAAAUUUACCGGGUCAAGGUAGCAUUUUCUAGAAAGCUUUGUAUAUGUCUGUAUAUGUAAAUAUAUUUAAAAUAAUUAACAUUUAAAAAGUAAAUAAAUUGUAAAUUAUUAUAUGGAAA